AUGCCUGGGCGUACUGAAAGGUCUCUUUCUAUAGGUGUCAUUGGCUCCGGUCUUGGAGGGCUCUCAGCCGCCAUCUCACUUCGUCGAGCCGGCCACCAUGUCACUCUAUACGAGCGUUAUGACUUUGGUGGUGAGGUCGGCGCGUCUCUGUCUGUUGCCUCCAAUGGCUCGCGCUUCUUAGAGGAAUGGGGCAUUGACAUUCCUGCGGCUAAGCCUGUCAUUCUGCGAAACCUCAUCCGCCACGACUACUCGAAUGGAGAAGUCCAAGGCACAUAUCCGUUGGGUGACUAUCGCGAGCGCUUUGGUACAGACUACAACAACUUCCACCGAAUCGACUUACACAAUCAUCUCAAAGAAGUGGCCCUAUCUAAACAUGGAAAGGGUCCAGCAGCCGAUUUAAAGACCUGGUACAAGGCAUCCAAACUGGAACCUGACACUGGCUAUAUCACUUUCGAGAAUGGUGCAGAAGCAACACACGAUGCUAUAAUCUGCGCUGACGGCAUCCGAAGCGUGAUGCGUGAGCAACUUGGCGUCAUCGCACAGUUUGUGCCGAGCACGUCUUGCUGCUACCGAUGUAUCAUUUACGCGGAUAAACUCCGCCAGCUGGGCUUGGAAGAGUUUUUAAAUAACCAAGCUAUCGAGUUCUGGGGAGGGGACUCUAAGACAAAGAUUGUUCUUUCAGCAUGCAGCGACAAUAAUGUUGUUUCGUGUUACUGUUUCUACCCAGCAGAGAAGAAUGAUCAAAUAGAAGAUGGAUGGAACAUCUCAACGACUGGAGAGAACCUCGUGUCUACAUUUCCGGGAUUGGAUCCGAAACUUAUUAAACUUUUCCUCAACGCCGAAGAUAUCAAGAUGUGGCGACUUUACAACCAUGAUCCUUAUGCCCACUGGACCAAAGGCCGGUGCACUCUCCUAGGAGAUGCUGCGCAUCCAAUGAUGCCCGACCAGAGCCAAGGGGCAUGUAUGGCCAUUGAAGAUGCUGGUGCAUUGGGUAUCCUGUUCUCUGAAAAGUAUUCAGGAUUGAGCGUCGAGGAGCGCCUCAAAUUUUACGAGGCCGAGCGAAAGCCUAGGGCAACGAGACUACAAGAAGCUAGUAGGCGUGCCAGGGAGAAUCUCAAUGAGAGAAUUGGUUGGUCGAGUAAGAACACAAAGCCCGGCAUGUUGACUAUUGAUGAAGUAUGCGCUUAUGACAUGCAUGCUCAUAUAGCCGAAUUAGUUAAUAAGUCGGACGUGUCUGCAGCUUAG